AUGUUUACAUGCGCACAAACUCACCUACGGCGCCAGUUGCGCCCAUCAGCCAAACAAUUGACUGUACAUCGAAGCUUCGCCAACUCCAACCGUCUAUACUCCGAACCCGUCGCCGCAGAUGUAGCUGCGUCGUUCCUCUCGCGAUUUCAGUCAUUGGGCCCCCAAACCCGCACACAAACACUAGACGCCAACCAGCUACAACUUUUAUCUCUUACCCUCAAUCGACCUUCCCUCUAUCCAAACCAACCCUCACUAUCUAACGCGCCGACCGGGCCUCCGUCUGGAACACCCGUACCGCCUGGAUACCAUCUUAUUUACUUCACACCAGGGUUUUUAGAAACAGAGCUUGGUGCGGAUGGUACCGAUGCGUCUUAUAACCCCGAUGCCCCAUUCACGCGACGUAUGUGGGCAGGCGGCGAGGUGGGCUGGCCCAGGGAUUCCCAAGGGAACCCCAACCUUUUACGCGUGGGGCAGGAAGUGCAGGAGACAACGCGUGUGCUAAGCGCAGAGCCGAAGAUCGUCAAGAAAACGGGUGAAGAGAUGAUCGUGGUUGGAGUGGAGAAGGAAUUUGCGAAUAAGCACGGUGUCUCAAUUGUGGAUCGAAGGAACUGGGUAUUCCGAAAAGCACUACCGCCACCAUUAUCAGUGUCUACUACAGACAAUUCAUUCCCACCCUCGUUCUCUCAUGCUUCCAAGUCGAAGCAGAGCGCGAUAUCUACCGAAGGAAACACGCAUUCAAGGACGUUCGUACAAACUCCUGUAACGCUUUUCCGAUUCUCUGCUUUGACUUUUAAUCCGCAUAAAAUUCAUUACUCGCUUCCUUGGGCGCGGGAUGUAGAGGGCCACAAAGACCUCGUUGUUCAUGGUCCGUUGAACUUGAUUUCGAUUUUGGAUCUUUGGAGGGAUACUCGCGAUACAACAAGGACAGACCCUGCCCUUUUAGUUCCGGAAAUAAUCUCGUAUCGGGCGACGAGCCCGUUGUACGCAGGUGAGGAGUAUUCAGUUGUGUUGCAGGAGAAGGAAUCUAAGAGUGGUGGGAUGGCGGUCCAGAUUAUUGGACCAGGUGGUGCCGUUGCAAUGAAGGCGGAGAUACAGUAG